AUGGAACCUAAAAAUAUUAUUAACAAAAGAAAUAAAAGUGUAGCAGUAAUCGGGAUUGGCUUUAGACUACCAGGUAAUUCAAAUAAUCCAGUGGCAUUAUGGAAUAAUUUAAUUAACAAGUUUGAUGGUAUUGUUGAUACAUCAGAAAGAUGGAGUGAUAACUUUCAUUUAAAUAAUGAAAUAAAGUCUAACCAAGCAGGUUUGAUUUCACUAGACGAAAUCAAACAAUUCGAUCCACUAAUGUUUUCAAUAUCACCAUCUGAUUGUGAUACCAUUGAUCCUCAACAGAGACUAUUAUUGAAAUGUGUAUGGGAAUCACUCGAAGAUGCACAUAUUGAUCCAAUUAAACUACGUGGUACAAAUACAAGUGUAUAUGUUGGUGUAUCUACAACUGACUAUCAGAAUAAUUUGAAAAAUUCUGAUACUUUUACAAAUAUAUUUGGUUCGACCAACCAUUCUGCUUCAAAUAGAAUUUCAUAUUGCUACGAUUUUAAAGGCCAAUCUUUAUCAAUUGAUACAGCUUGUUCUUCAUCAUCUAAUGCUAUUGCCUUAGGAUACGAAAGUAUUGUCGAGGGAAAAUCAAAUUAUUCAAUUGUGGGAGGAGCUAGUUUAUUGUUGGAUCCAUCUAUCAGUAAAUCAUUCUCACAUUUAAAUAUGCUAGGAAAGAGUGGUCGUUGUAAGUCAUUUGAUGCUACUGCCGAUGGAUAUGUUAGAGGAGAAGGAGUUGCUGUAGUUGUAUUAAAGAAUCUUGAACAGGCCAUUAAUGAUGGUGACAGGGUCUAUUGUGUUAUUAAUGGAGCUAAUUCAAAUGCAGAUGGAAACUGUGAUAAAAACAACUUUUAUUCACCAUCAAAAACUGGCCAAUUCAAUAACAUCAAGACAAUGUUUGGGUUAUGUUCAUCUCAAGUCACUGAAUCCGAUAUUGAUUUUGUAGAGUGUCAUGGUACAGGUACACCAACUGGCGAUCCUAUUGAAGUUGAAGCAAUUUCAAUGGCAUUUAAACAAUACCACAAUCAACAAAAUCCAUUAUUAAUUGGUACUAUUAAAUCAAACAUUGGUCAUUUGGAAGCAUGUUCAGGUAUUGCUUCAUUGAUAAAAUGUUGUUUAAUGUUUAAACAUCGUCAAUUUGUUCCUAAUAUUAAUUUUAACGAACCAAAUCCUGCUAUAAAGUUUGAUGAAUGGAAUUUAAAAGUUGUAACUGAAAUAGUGCCAUUUCCAUCAAAUAAAAAAGUAUCGAUGAUGAUUAACAACUUUGGAAUUACGAGCUCAAAUGUUUGUAUCGUGGUUUCUGAGAUUUGUCAAAUGGAUGCAAGCAGUAUAUAUCAAUUGGAGGCCGAUAAACAAUAUUUAGUACCAUUUUCAGCCAACAGUAAACAAUCUCUCAAUUUUUAUAUAUCAAAUAUUCAAAAUGAUUAUAAUAGUUUGUCUAGAAGUUGUGAAUUUUUUGAUUUUGUCCAAUACCAUAUCUUUUCGAAAUCAACAAAACUUUAUCAAAAAUCGAUAGCACUAGCAAAUAAAUGGUCAGAUAUCAAAAAUAAUGAUAGUUUUAUAAAAACUAGUGAUUCAGCGGCUUCGAAUUUAAUUUCAGCAGAGAAAAUAGAUAAAAAUACCAAUAUUUGUUUUAUUUUCAGUGGCCAAGGUACUCAAUGGAAUGGAAUGGGCGAACAGUUGUAUAUCAAUGAUUCAUACUUUAAAUCAACAAUUGAUUUAAUUGAUUCAAAGUUAAACAAAUACUACGGAUAUUCAAUAUUAGAGAAAUUAAGAUCAACCAACGAUGAUACAAUUAAUCAUCCUAUUAUCGCACAACCAUCAGUUUGUAUGAUUCAAAUCGCUCUUUUUGAAACAUUAACAAAACAAUGGAAUAUAAAUCCAAAUUAUAUAAUCGGCCAUAGCUUAGGGGAAUUAACUUCUCAAUAUUGUUCAGGAUCAAUUGAUUUAGACACACUCUGUUAUAUUCUAUAUCAUAGAUCAAUUGCUCAACAAAAAACAAUAGGAUCAGGCAGAAUGCUAUCAAUUAACAUCAGCAGUGAUCAUUUUAACGAUCAAUUUUCAACAGAAUAUCCAACAAUCGAAAUCUCAUGUUAUAACUCAACAAAUUCAAUUGUAAUUGGUGGUAAUGAAGACCAACUAAAAGAAAUUGAAUCAAAAUUAAAACAUCAAAAUAUACACACUGCAUUCUUAAAUACUCCAUCAUCUUUCCACACAUCAAGUCAAGAUAAAGUUAAAAAAGAUCUAAUUGACCUCAAAUUUGAAUCAUUUAAACCAAAAACACCAGUAUUAUCAACUAUUUACCAAGAUUUCUUUAAUGGUCAAGAUAAACAGUUUAAUUCAGAAUAUUGCUUCAGAAAUAUUAGAGAACCAGUUUACUUUACACAAACCAUUCAAAAACUAUAUCAACACAUUGAAUCCAAUCAAUCAUGCAAAAAUCUAAUUUUUAUUGAACUGUCACCACAUUCAGCACUGGCUUAUCAUCUUAAACAAAUACAACCACUAUCAACACAACCAAUUCAAUCAACAGUUUUAACAACAUUAAAUAAAACUAAAGAAGAUAUCAACCAAAUAUUCCAACUAAUAUCCACACUAUACUGCAAUCAUAAUUACUCAAUUAAUUUUAUAAAUCAAUUAAAAACCAUCAACAAUAAUAAUCAAACUUCUUUACAAUAUAAACAUAAAGAUUUAAAUUUACCAAGAUAUCAAUGGGAUGAUAAAAUAUUUUGGAGAGAAGAUUUAAAUCAUUCCCAAUCAAGAUUAAAUGGUUCACCAAUCGAAGUUUUAGGAAAUAAAAACACAACAUCACCAUUUAUAACAUAUAAAACAACUAUUGACGUAGAAAAACCUCAAUUUCAAUAUUUAAAAGGUCAUCAAGUUAAAGGCAAAUACUAUUUUCCAGGUUGUGGUUACAUAGAAAACAUUAUUAACUCAUUCCCAAAUGAGGAUUUAAUAAUAUCACAUUUAGAAUUCAAAGUACCAUUAAUAUUUAUUGAAGGUGUCAACAAACAAUUGCAAACCAACAUCUAUCAAACAUCAAAGAAAGACUAUAGAGCUCAGUUUCAUUAUUACGAACCCAAUACAAAUAAAUGGAUUUUAUCAUCUUGUGGUAACUUUCAAACUUUUAGAUUUACAAAUGCAAAUGAAAAGAAAUUGGAUAUUGAACAUUUAAAAACUAAAUGCAACUUAACAAAAUUAAACUCUCAAGAAUUUUAUAAUCACUCAAGGGUUAAAGCUGGAAUAUCUUAUUCUGGUUUUUUUCAAAUGGUCCAACAAUGCUAUAUUGGUGAUAAUUGUAUUUUAAACCAUAUUCCAUAUAAAAAAGUCCACGACAUUGUAGAAACUAUCAUUAGUUGUGCCACCUUAGAUUGUUGUGUUCAUGGUUCUAUGGGAUUGGUGGAUAAAAAUUGUCAAUUGGUAUUUGACAAAGUAGAAAAUCUCAAAUUCUAUUCGUCAAAUCUACCAAAAGACUAUACAUUAGAUUUCUAUUCUUUCAUUGAGCUUAAAGGUAAAAAAGGUGAUUCAUAUGAAUUUUCGACCUCUAUUAUGCUUCAAGAUGGUACAGUUUUUGCUGAAAUAGAAAGAUUAGUAAUGACAUCAACUGUUCAAAUAGAAGAUUCAUUAAAGAUUCAAUAUCCACUAAAUGAAUUUCAAACAACAUUUUUACAGUUAAAAGAUUGUGAAGCUGUAACAAAUUUAGAAUUGCUCAAUCAUAAAGAUUUCAACAUUGAAUAUAAGUUUGGCUUAGAUUCUUAUUAUAAUUUUGUUUCUUCAAUUCUUUUUCACCACAUCAAAAUCAAAUUUUCAGAUAUAAAAUUAGAAGAUAUCAAACAUAAUACAAUUCAAGUGUUAAGAGAUAGAUAUUUAACCAAUCAAAAACAUUCAAGACUGUUUAAUUUUGCAUUUGAAACAAUUAAAGAAUACUAUCAACAAGAGUAUAUUGAAUCUGAAUGGAAUGAAGAAAAACUAAUUUUCUGCAAUAUCUUAACAAAAAGCACCAAAAUAAUGGUUGAUCUGUUAUUCCCAUUUGGAGAUAAAGAUAAAUUAGAAACACCAUCGUCCCUAUAUGAUAAUGGACUAUUAGAACAAUUUUACGCAAGCUCACAUUGUACAAUUUCUGAUAUCCUUUUAUCGGAAAUUGUAAAGGAAUCAAUUGAACCAUUAAUAAAGAAAAAGAAUGUUAUUAGAAUUUUAGAGUUUGGUGGAGGUGUAGGAUCCUUAUCUGUAGUAAUUUUAAAUAAAAUUAAUCAACUAUUAAAAGAAAAUGAAUCAAGUGAUAUCGAAAUCGAAAUAGAAUAUACUUUUAGCGAUAUCUCACCAACAUUUAUUCCCUAUGCAAAAGAAAAGUUAUCAUUCUUUGGUGAUUACAAUAGAAAAAUUUUAUUCAAAUCACUAAGUUUAGAAGACCAUCUCAUUUCAAACCAACAGCUAAAACCAAACUAUUAUGAUUUUGUUGUAAUGUCAAAUGUAUUGCAUGUACUCAAGAAAAUAUCAUUUGGUUUAAAUGAAAUUCAUCAAAUAUUAAAACAUAAUGGAUAUUUAAUGUUUGUUGAACCAAUUUAUAAAUCAAUAGUAGCAGAUUCAAUAUUUUCUGUUUUCGAUCAAUGGUGGUCUUUCGAAGAUACCGAGCUUAGAGCCGAUAGAUGUUGUAUGACUGAAGAUCAAUGGUAUAAAAUAUUAUCUGAAAAUAAUUUCAAAAAUAUUAAAUUUUCCCAAAAUAAUGGAAUUUCAAACAUUUUAAUACACUCUCAAAAACAAGAAUCUAAGUCCUUUAUCAAUACAACCAAUAACGAUAUAAUAGUAUAUAGUGAUAUAAAUAACAAUAACAACCAAUCAUUUAUAAAUAAUCUUAUAAAAGAUCAACAAAAACAAGUUGUUAUAAAUACAAUGGAGCAGUUUAAUAAUAUUUCAAAAGAUAUUAAUCAAGAUACAAUUAUAUACUUUACCAAAACUAUUAAUCAGUUAAAUAUUAAUAACUUUAAACAAAUUACAUUAGAAUACAUUCAAAUUGUUCAAUAUUUACUUAAAAAUAAAUUAACAUCAACAAAACUAGUAUUAAUAACAGGAAAUUGUCACUCUAGCCAAUCAUCAAACUAUUUAGCAUCAUCAGUAACUGGUUCAUUUAAAUAUUUUCUAGACCAAUUUGAACCAUAUUUAUUAUUUUCAAUUGAUUUUGACGAUAAAUCAUUAUUGAACGAGAGUAAUUAUCAAUUGAUAAACCAACUAAUUGACAUACAUAAUAACAUUCAAAGAGAGUAUUUUAUAAGAAAUAACCAAGUUUAUUUAGAAAGAAUAAAAGAUAGUCACAAUGUCCUCAAAAAGUAUACAUCAAAUUCAAUUGAACAACCAUCAACAACCAACAAUUUGAAAUCAAUUUUAAAUGAAAAUUUAGAAUUUCAAUUAGAAUCAAAGAAGCAAUUAGGUGAAAAUCAAGUAGAGGUUCAAGUUCAAGCAAUUGGCAUUAAUUACAAAGAUUACUUGGUUUAUACUAGAAAUGUACCCCCUGAACUAAUAAAUCAUAACUCAGAUAUACACACUCCAGAAUUUGGUUUGGAAUAUUCAGGUAUAGUUAAAUCAGUCGGUAAUAAUGUAGAUAAUUUUAAAGUUGGUGAUCAAGUCUUUUCUAUUCAUUAUAAUUCUUCAUCGAGCUCUAUUAUUGCAGAAAAAACCCAACUUUCACACAAGCCUAACAAUAUAUCAUUUGCUGAAGCUGCAUCUAUUCCAGCAGUAUAUUUAACAUCAUAUCACAGUAUCUUCAAAGUUGGAAAUUAUAGUUUUAAAAGCCAAGAAUCAAUAUUAAUCCAUUCAGCUACUGGUGGUGUAGGUUUAUCAGCUAUCGAAUUAUUAAAAUGGAAAGGAUUCAAAUCACAUUUAUUUGUUACAGUUGGUUCUGAAGAAAAAGAAAAAUAUUUGAGAGAUAGAUAUGGUUCACUUAUUACUGGUAUAUAUUCAACUAGAAACAAAGACUAUGUUCAACAAAUCAAACAAAAACUAAAAGAAUUAGGAUCCAAUAAACAAGGUGUAGAUGUUAUAUUAAACACAUUGCCUGCUGAAUAUUUAGAAUCAAAUUUCAAAUGCUUAAACAAAGGAGGAAGAAUCGUCGAUUUAUCAAUCACUCACCUUAAUCCAAAUGAAUUUAUUGACUUUAACAAAUUUAAAUACAACUAUACCUAUUCAAAUGUUGAGCUUUUACUUUUAGAUUUUGAAUAUAUAAACGAAAUAUUAAAAAAAAUAAGUAAAGGUAUUUCAAAUGGAUCAUUAUCAUUAAUACCAAUUACAGAAUACUCAGUACUCAAUAUCAAAGAAGCAUUCGAAUAUAUUAAUCAACGAAAACACAUUGGUAAAAUUGUUGUAAACUAUGAUAAAGAUAUUACAAGUCAUUUAUUACAGAAUAAAGAUGAAGGCACCAGAGAAACAGAUCAACCAAUUAUCAAAUCUAACUACACAAUCAGUUCAGAACUCGGUAAAACUAUAUUAAUUACAGGUCAAAGUGGAAUUGCAUUAGAAAUUAUUAAAUGGAUUUCCAAAUAUUCAAAAUCAGUAGAAAACAUUAUUAUUCUAUCAAAAUCCACAUUAAAAUGGGAAUUAGAAUUAUUAAUAAAUAAAUCAAAAUCCAAUAGCAACAAAGCCAUCAACUAUUAUUUCAAAAGUGUCGAUGUCGAAUAUCAAGACCAAAUAGAAACAGCCAUCAAUAAUAUAUUCAAUGAACAUCCAUCUACUAAUAACAUUGACUCCAUAUUCCAUUUUGCUUUUGCUUAUGAUGCAUGCAACCCAUUAGAAAUAGAUAUGAAAAGUUUAGAGGUCUCACACGGUGCAAAAACAAUAGGAGCAAUCAAUUUACACGAACUAUCAUUGAAAUACAAAUGGAAUGUAAACAACUUCAUAUUGGCAUCAUCAAUAGCAGCUAUAUAUGGUAGUUUUAAUCAAUGUACUUAUGUUUGUGCAAACAAUGUAUUAGAUUCACUAGCCAAAUAUAGAAAAUCAUUAGGUUUAUCAGCACUUUCAGUGAACUGGGGACAUAUAGGAACAACAGGUAUUGUAUCAAGAACAGAAUCAGUCGGUGAAUUACUAGAUGGAAUAGGAAUUGAAUCAAUGUCAGCAAAUAUUUUAUUGGGUGCAUUAGAUUUAUUUAUACAAACUCCAAACAAAACAGUCAUUCAACAAGAUUACGAUAAUAUAAUUGUGAAUAAACUAAACUAUGAAAAAAUGCCACCAAGCAAUCUAUAUAAUCAUAAAUCAGACUAUAUUUUAAACUCAAUUAAUAGAAAUAGUAAAUUAUCCAAUGGAGUUAUGGACGAAAAUACAAUUAUUCAAAAAGUUAUCUCGAAAAUUGCAGAACUCCUUUCAAUGAACGAAUCAAAUAUUAAUAAAAGUAUUCCUUUGAUUGAAUUUGGCGUAGAUUCAAUUUUCAGUGUUCAAGUUAAAAAUUGGAUAGAUAAAGAAUUCAAAAAAAACCUAUUCAGCAUAUCAGAACUUCAAAAUUGUUCAAUUAACCAAAUUAUUAAAAAACUAAUUGAUAAUAAUUAA